AUGGUUCGCCAUCACCAGUCUUCGUCAGACGACUCCAACAGCACACAUGUCUGCGAUACACCUGCUUUCGAAAUUACUACAACGACACCAAUCGUUGGCAACUUCCAGUUCCAUGAGUUAAACAUGAUCAUCAGCGGCGCAUGUGCCGCCUUUUCGGUCAUUGUGCUUCUUUUACUCAUGGCCCGACACACUCUCAACUUUAGCAAGCCACAAGAACAAGCCAACAUUCUGAGGAUUUGUCUCUUCAUUCCAAUCUAUGCCAUUGGCAGCUUUAUAGAGAUCUGCGCACCCGCCGCUUACAUCUACCUGCGUCCGUGGCUCAACACGGCCCAGGCCGUCGCCUUGGCCAACUUCUUCCUCCUAGUCUGUCGCUUCCUCUCGUCCGAGACCGACGACCGCCGCGAAGUCUUUCUCGCGCCCAUGCAGGCGAUGCGCGCCAAGUCGACAAAGGGGGCCGUCAAGGCCGCCAACGGGUACCAAAAGACGUGGCUGUUGAUCUUUCAAUACCCCGUCGUCUCGGUCCUGGUCGCCAUCUUUACCGCCAUCACCGAAGGCGCCAAUGUGUAUUGCUUUGGCAGUCGGCAUGCGUACUGGGCUUCCCUGUGGUUGGAGAUUGUGGACAAGGCCAGCACCAUUUUCGCGAUUAUUGCAGUCCUCAAGACAUACAGCCAGCUCAAGGAGGAGCUCAAGCCGCAUCGCGCCUUGGGGAAAUUGUUUGCGUUCAAGACCUUGAUUGGACUUCAAUUCUUGCAACAGAUCAUUUACAUGAUUCUCACGCGCAUCAAUCCCUCUCCGCUUGAGCCCACCGACACUCUCAGCUACACUGACAUGGAAGUCGGCAUUCCCCUGUUGCUGGUCAGCUUGGAGCUCGUCAUCUUCUCCGUCUUCUUCCACUUUGCCUACAGCGUGACGCCCUACCGUCUCACAUCGUACCAGCCCAAGCCUCUAUCCGUGGAAGAAGGCAGCGAGUUCAUUGCCAAGCCCGACGGCGGCAGCAACCACGGCGGGCCUCUGGGCAUCCGCGCCUGGGCCUCGAUGCUGGACCCGCGGGAGCUGAUUGCCGCCAUCCUCUUCACCUUCAAGAUGCAAAGCGAAGCCCGAAGGUCGGCGCUGAGAUGGGAUUCGUCGUCGCCGGCGGCGCCGCUGGGCUCUUAUGGUGCUUCGGCUCCGCUGUCUUCGCCGCCACUAUCCCACGAGUACGCUGGCUCGGGACGUGUCACGCCGACUGGCCAGCAACCUCACGAUUCGGCAUACGACCAAUACAGACAAAACGUGUCCUAUGGGACCCACAACUGA